AUGGCGGAGAACUCGGGAGAUAGGAUUGCCAUCGGUGCGUCCUCGGCCGUGGAUAUUGAGAAAAGCACACAUGCCGAUCCAACACUCGAAAAACACACCCACGAUGCCGACGAGGCGAUGAAGGCUUUUGGUGAGCUGCAGGGCGAGACUAUCGAAUUGGAUGAGGCGACCAACCGCCGACUCCUCAAAACUAUUGACUGGCAUCUGAUGCCAAUCAUGUGUUGCAUCUACGGCAUGAAUUACCUGGAUAAAACUACUCUUUCGUAUGCGAGUGUGAUGGGGAUUAAAGAGGACUUGGAACUUGUCGAUGAUCAAUAUCAAUGGUUGGGCAGUCUUUUCUACUUUGGUUAUCUGGCGUGGGAGUACCCGACCAACCGCCUGCUGCAGCGGUUGCCAUUGGGAAAAUACUCCGCCUUCUGUAUCUUGAUGUGGGGUCUUGUACUGAGCUGCUUCGCGGGUGUCCAAAGCUACUCGGGUGCCAUCGCCAUCCGUCUGUUCCUGGGUGUCUUCGAGGCAGCCGUUACACCUGGCUUUGCCUUAUUAACCUCACAGUGGUACACGAAGAGAGAACAGGGCAGCCGGGUCAACAUCUGGUUCAGUUUUAACGGUGUCGGACAAAUUGUCGGCGGUCUCAUUGCGUAUGGUAUCGCCGUCGGAAGCAGGAAGCAUGGCUCAUCAAUUGAACCGUGGAAAAUCGUUUUCCUCGUUACCGGUCUCAUGACAAUCGUGCUGGGAUUCGUCUUCCUGUGGAUUAUUCCAGACAGCCAGUUGAACGCGCGCUGGCUCAAGAAAGAAGACCGCAUCCUGGCUAUUGCCCGCGUUCGUGAGAACCAACAGGGUAUCGGAAACAAGCAUUUCAAACUAUAUCAAGUCAAGGAAGCCCUCAUGGACCCGAUGACCUGGGCAUUCUUCCUGUAUGCCCUGGUCGCGGAUAUUCCCAACGGUGGUAUCAGCAACUUCUUCAACCAAUUGAUCACCAGUUUCGGAUUCACCGCAGAGGAAAGUCUUAUCCUCGGCGUCCCGGGCGGCGCCGUCGAAGUCGUCGCCCUGUUACUCAACGGCUACAUGGGACAUGUCACCAACCAGCGCGGGGGCCUGGUCGCCGCCUUCGUCGGAAUGGUCCUAAUCGUCGCCCUCCCCGAGUCAAACAACACCGGUCGGUUAAUCGGAUACUACAUGACACAAGCGAUCCCAACCGCCUUCGUCGCUCUCCUAUCAAUGAUCUCGUCUAAUGUUGCCGGGUACACGAAGAAGACAACCGUGGCGGCGCUGUACUUGAUCGGAUACUGUGUUGGAAACAUUAUCGGCCCCCAGACCUUCCGCCCAGAAGACGCGCCCCAAUACCUCCCCGCCGAAAUCACCAUUCUCGUCUGUAUCGGCGUGGCACUGAUGAUCAUGCUUUUCAUCUACUGGUGGUAUGUCAAAGAGAACAAGCGCAAGUUGGAGAUUCAGUCCCGACCGGAUUAUGUGCGUCUUGAAAAUCAGGAAUUCCUGGAUCUGACAGAUCGCGAGAACCCGGAUUUCCUUUACUCGCUGUGA